AUGGCUGUUGCAGUCGUCAACAAUAACGAUAUGCUAAUUUCCUCUUCCGCCUUCAGAACCAGCGCCAGCAGAGUCAAGGUUCGCUCCGUGUGGGCUCAUAACCUCGACGAGGAGUUCGCCCUUAUCCGCUCCGUCGUCCCGUUCCACCCCUUCGUCGCAUUGGACACCGAGUAUCCUGGCGUCGUCGUCGCUUCCAAAAAUCCCUACUGCACCCUCACCCUCUCCCAGCGCUACGAAUUGAUCCGCGCCAACGUCGAGGCCCUCCGCAUCGUCCAGGUCGGUCUCACCCUCUCCGACGCCUCCGGCAACCUCCCAUGUGCCAUCUACAGCGAUGGCACUUGUGUGCGUUACGUGUGGGAAUUUAAUUUCCGCGACUUCGACAUCAGCCGCGACCGUUACGCCCCUUCCUCCGUCGAGCUGCUCAAGGCUAAUGGCAUCGACUUCCAAAAGAAUCAAGUAUGGGGCAUCGACUCUUGCAGAUUCGCCCAGCACUUGGCCACCUCCGGCUUGCUUUCCUUUGGUCAUUUUUCUCCCGUCUCCUGGGUUACCUUCCAAGGCGCCUAUGACUUCGCCUUCCUAGUGACAUGCUGA